AAGAGCCCCCGGUGGGACCCGAGCACAUGGGGAGAAUGAGCAAAACCCACAGAUUCUCACAUCUGGUUAAUGCAGUCCUCAGUUCAGCUUGUAAUGGACUUGUGGCAGUUCUGGACUUUGUGAACCUUGAAUCUGAAGUCAUGUGAUGCAAUGAUCUAAGUUCAGUACAGAAGAGUCUGUUGGGCUGCCAAAGCCAAAAGACAACCUACAGCAAUUCUGAGUUGUGGAAGAGACAUAGCAACCUUUGGGAUUAUUGCUUAGCAACUGCAAACACACAGAGGAGUAAAACUCACAGCCCGGCUCCACAGCAGUGCUUGAAGUAUGGCUGCUCAGCCAGAAGAAGCAGCCCAAACUGCAGGUCUAAAACAUCCCAAACUUGGAGGUAAGAAUAUGUCUGCCACAGAAAUGAAGAGAAAUCAGGGGAAUGAUGAGCUGCCAUGUCUUAGUAAUUAUGCUCCGUGGAAAGAGUGCUUUUAUGAAAAGGUACAGCAGAGGUGUCUGAGGCUGCAGGAGACAAAGGUGAAGACGAUGCACGCACAAAAGGCAAAAGAAGAAAAGGUAAAGAAGAGAGAACUCUGUGACUGGCUGUCCAAAGAGUGGUUCAGUGAAGAGAAAGAGUCACUAGGUACUCGCAUCUAUUUGCUUGACAAACUCCUACCUACAUUAAUCCCAGGAGUGGAAAAACUGUUAAUGGAAGUGGAAAGAAAGAAUGUGCUUGCACCAGACAAAGAACCAACCAAAUUUAACCCCAUUGGUUUUCUUGGAGAAUAUCUGAUGAGACAUAACCCUCAGUAUAGUAUUUCUACAAAACCAGGCCCGUACCUCAGAGGAAUGAAGAUGGUCGUGGAGGAGCUAAAAACUGAGAUGCCAGGUACAACAUCAGAGAGGCUGGCCAGGAUGAAGGCUGAGGCAAAGAACAAACGUAAGGACAGGGAGCAAGUGGACAAUAUGACGUCUCAAGUGAAAGAGAUGAGAAAGGAGGCGCUGGCAAUUCAGUUCAAAGAGUCGACGGUGGAUGUCAGUGGCAGAAUACCGGUUGCACAGGUUCAGAGUGCCCUGAGGUCUUUUCCGGACGUCAUUGCUUCUAUUCCCAUAGAUGUGAGAAAAGCAAUCUGUGACAGAAAGCUGGAAAUCGUAGACACAUUGGAAAAAAAAGAAAACAUAGAUGAAUUCACAGAGUAUGUCCAUUCCUACGCUGAACAUCUUUCAAAUGACAUGUUCCAAGAAAUCCUGAAGCCUCUCUGUCAGUGUGCUGAUGACUUCCAAGAAGCAAUAAGACAUGACAUGUGGAGGCAAAUGUUUACUGAUCUCUUCCUACACUGUGAUUAUGGAAAGGUUGGUCUCUUAGAUAGACAAAAAAUACUUGCCCUACUGGUAGACUUCUAUGACAGAAGCCCAGUGAUUGCUAAGAGGGGAUUCUGUAACCCAAGACAGUGGCCAAUAAUUGAGCUGCAAGAGAUUGAGCUUGCAGAUUUAUGGGGAGGCCUUGAUGACCAGGAAGUUUGUGAGGAACUCAGUGAAAAGUUAGUCUUGUCUCAGACGGGAAUUUCUGAGGGAGAGAUUUUAGCAUAUGAACCUGUAGAUGAUAAUAGACAAGGCCCAUACAGAAUGAGAACUGGUGUCAGAGAAGGUCUUUUUGAACAAAUGGGCAUGAGUGAAGCUGAGACAGGAGGAAUUUCUAAGGAAGAAAACCAAGCAGCAGAAUCAAGUGAUGCCAAAGAUGCUCCAGUUGCAGAGGUUGUGAAAGAAACUGCUGCAAGAAAAGAGAGUUUUUCUAGGCAGCAUGGCAGCCAGUUUAGCCAACAGACUAGCUCAGCGACAAGACUGCAGGAUGAGGACCUUCUGCAAGACCAGGGUAAAGACUUACGUCCCAUCAUGGCAGAGAUUCAGAACUGUUGGGCUUCUCAUACUAGGAGUGCCUUUGAUGAAAGCUACCUCAACCUGCCACAGUUUGUACAGCUCAUGGAGACUUUUGUUGGUGCAGACAUUUCUCUGCCUACUGUGAAGAGGCUUAUUGCAUUUAUCAAAGAAGAAUACAAACAGACAGAAGAGGAAAAAAUGGAACAACUAGAAAAAGUUCACCGCAUCUCUCGCUUGGCCCAACGGAAACUGCUUCUGGAGGCACUUUUCGAAAAGUGGGACAACAAUGCAUCUGGGUUUCUGGACCUGGAAGAGGUGGAUGCUGUUCUAAGCACAUUCAAGGAAGGGAUGGAAAAAGAGGCCUUGAGGAAGGCAAAGAAACACCUUUGCUCCCGUUACCCACAGCUCAGCAGAGUGGGGAAGCUAUCUCCAAAGGCAUUCCAGACUUUUCUUGAGUUAGUUGUUUCCGAGUUCACUGGCAAUGAGGAUGAAGCUAUUGGUAACUUGGUGGAAUUUCUGACCACAAGUGUGGAACGAAGUCGCAUGAAGCGCUUGCAAAGCUUAACGAGGAGGAAAUGGCUGCACAAUAUCCAGCAAGCAGCUGAGACCAGUGGAGCAAGCAUGGAACCGGUUUACAAAGCAGUGUUUAAGGCCCUCUCCCAGGAUGCAGAAGCCCAUGGGGAUAACAAGAAGAUCAGCGCAUAUAUUGCCCUUUUGGAAGAGAACCAGCUCUCACCAGAGCGGGGACAGAUUCUCCUACACUAUGUGGCAUGUACGGCAGAUGAUGCUCCAUACGUUCUAAACCAGAUACUUUACAGAGACAUGAAAGGAAUAAGCUUUGCAGCUGUUGAAGAGGGAAAGCCAGUCCAUGUUCCAAGAGUUCAGCUCCAUGGAAAUAUCCACUUCUGGAACUAUGACCGCCCAGUGGAGGAGAGAAAAGGUUCACUCCUGGUCCUGCCAUUGCACGAUGCUCGCUGGAGAGUCUUUGGCAUUCUAGGACUUGACACUCUUCGGGACCAGUGUGAGAAAACCAUCUUUCUGACCCAUGAGAUCAGUUUCUAUCAGGGAGUGUCUCAUGCGUUCAGCAGAGCCUACCACCAUAUCUGCACCCUGGAAAAUGUUCUACAAAUGACUGUUACUGCUCUGGACUGGUUGUAUCCCAGGGCACCCAGCAUCCACACUGUUAUUAUGUACCUGGUGGAGCCUGGGAAAGACAAGACAUGGGACUACACUCUGCGCAAGAUGAUUACUACAGAUAGUACAGGACAAAAAGAAAUUCAUAGCUCUCCUGUUCCUCUCCUCAGACAAGAAGACCUCUUAAGAGAUUACCUAUUUAAGUGCAUAGACAGUUCAGAGGUCGUUCGCACUUCUGUCUGUGGAGAAUACCACAUUGCAGUACCUCUCCGUGACCUAUCAGGACAAGCUCUUGGCAUAUUUGAUAUCAGCAUCGGACACCACCAGAAAUUACCACCUCGUGAACACAAAGACCUGCAGAAAAUGCUAAAGAUGGCCCAAGCUGCCUGCUCUGAGAUACUGAAGAUGUCUUUAGAGGAAACAGAACCAACCUAUGUACUGGAGGCAGAACACGUGGCAAAUUUGAGGCAUGCAGGGAUUCUGUUCCACCGGUUCAUGCUGCAGGACCUGCGUGAGUGUGUCCAGAAACUCGAUGCUGAGAGCUUUGCUGAAAUAAAGAGCUAUGUAGAACCGCCAGCUCUGGUACAUAACAUAGUUAAGGCUGUGCUGUUGCUUUUCCAUCCAAACUGGAAGGGCUCAGAGAAGACUGAGAACUGGAGUCAGUGUAAACUGAAACUUGAUGACAAUUUGAUUCAGGAGAUUUAUUGCUUUGAUCCAACUGCUGCAUCUGCGCAAGUUCAAGCGGAGCUGCUGCUGGACUGCAUCACUGGUGUACCCAGAGCGGCGGUGUGGCAGCAGGGCUCAGUUCCAGCCGAGUACCUGUACCACUGGGUACACACCUGCCUGUCGCUAGCGGAGAUCACAAGGAGCCUACACAGCAAAAAAACCCCAUCUUUAGCCCCUUUUGGCGCCCAAUUCUAG